UUUGGUUGGGUGGGUUGUAGGUCCUCUUUCGUCAAUCGUCACUGUGUGGACCCAGUGGCGUCACUCCAGCCCAGUCUUAUAAAGCUGUCAACGCCUUUCUCUCACCUGGACUGACACAGACCACCCCAAACAGCAGGUUGAGGACUCAUUUUGGCUUCAGAAAGGGGACUGUCUGUGCUAGAUACGCACCUCCUUCAGACAUCCACGGAAAUAUUACCCACCUAAUCGUUUCGCCUCCAAUAAGGUCCUCACGUUUAUUCUUUUAUGACUCUGGCAAAUUAUUCUUACUUUUCUGGCAUGUGCAACAUGACCGCAGAGCCCUCGCCUGCAGAGGCAAGCCCCGAUGUCAUGUCUCCUAACGUGAGCUUGGACUCACCGCUGCCUCCACCGCCUCAGAUGCUGCAGGCCCGUUCUAAGGACAGCAUUCUGAUCAAGUCUGAGCCCCAGGGGAGCAGCCCCAGCGCGGAGGACGGGGGAGCGGUGGGCCACACCGAGGAGCACCUGCCCACAGGCAGCCGCCGCAGGAAGAGGCCAGUCCAGAGGGGCAAACCUCCCUACAGCUACAUCGCUCUCAUCGCCAUGGCCAUCGCAAACUCCCCUGAGAGGAAGCUCACCCUGGGGGGCAUUUAUAAGUUCAUCAUGGAGCGAUUUCCUUUCUACAGGGAGAACUCCAAGAAGUGGCAAAACUCAAUACGCCACAAUCUGACCCUAAACGACUGCUUUGUGAAGAUCCCCAGGGAGCCCGGCAGGCCGGGUAAGGGCAAUUACUGGACUUUGGACCCCGCAGCAGAGGACAUGUUUGAUAACGGCAGCUUUUUAAGGAGAAGGAAAAGGUUCAAGCGCACCGAUGUGAGCACUUAUCCAGGUUACAUGCAGAGCUCCAGCGCUUUUACCUCAACGCCCAUGGGGAGGCCGACAUAUCCCAACACGCUGUACGCCGGGAUCGGGUCAGGCUAUGGUUCCCAGCUGACAGCCACAUCCCCACAUCCAUCUAUGAUGCAUCACUAUCAGACCCCCUCAGGGAUCUGCCAGGGGCAGCCGCGCAUGUUCAGCAUCGACAACAUUAUCAGCCAGCAGACGGUGGUGCAGGGCGGCCCGGGCGCAGAACUCAGCUCCCAGACGACGGGUCUGAGCGGCGGUGACCUGGGCGUAAUGACCUCCAGCUGCUCUGUAGCCAGCACCGACUCGUCUGCGUGUUUCCAGACCCAGACUUUGAACCCUGCAGCGAACAUGCUGGCCAGAAACAGCGGAAAUCUGAACUCCAAUCUGGCCGCAGGGUACCCGUACUCCUCUGCCUCGACCUCUCCUCCGAACCUGCCCUCCAUGAGCCAGUCCGGGUUCUCCCCCGGCGGCUCUCAGGUGUACUGUUCGGGUAACAGGCUGUCACUGCCGCUGCGCCACGGCUCCUGCACAGAGCACACAGAGCAGCUCCUGGGCCUCCCAAACCCCAUGAACUCCUACAACAACAGCUAUAUGAGACAGGGCAACUAUACAACAGGGUUAGAGCGGUAUAUGUGAGAUAAUAUGCUCUAAAAGAUUUGCAAUAGCUUAUGACUGCGUAAUAAAUGCAUGUUGUUCCUGUUGGGAUGGAAUCUAAAUCAAACAUUCAUAUUUAAAGAGGUGAAAAGCCAUUUAUAGGUAGUCUGACACUUUCUUCAUAAUUCCUGUUUCACAGUUUGUUUUAUUUACAUGUUUUCUGGUAUUUGUGUGUAAAGUUUGAUGUAGCUCAAGCUUUUCUGACAAAAAGUGUGAUAUUGCUGGCAGCCAAUAUCGUUGGAAAUAAAUGUG